AUGGCGGCUAACGAUUCCUUGAUUACAGCUCGUGUCAUAGGAGAGGUCUUGGAUCCCUUCAACACCACAGUUGAUCUGAUGGUUCUAUUUAAUGGUGCUCCUAUUGUCAGUGGCAUGGAGUUGCGCUCUCCAGCGGUGUCUGAUAGGCCGAUGGUCGAGAUUGGAGGGGAUGAUUAUCGAGUUGCAUAUACCCUGGUGAUGGUCGAUCCUGAUGCUCCAAACCCAAGCAACCCAACAUUGAGGGAGUACCUGCACUGGAUGGUGACUGACAUUCCAGCAUCAACUGACAAUACAUAUGGCCGUGAGCUGAUGUGCUACGAGCCCCCUGCCCCGGCGACGGGCAUCCACCGCAUGGUGCUGGUGCUAUUCCGGCAGCUCGGUCGGGAGACGGUGUUCGCGCCGUCGAGGCGACACAACUUCAACACCCGUGGCUUCGCCCGGCGCUACAACCUCGGCGCGCCCGUCGCCGCCAUGUUCUUCAACUGCCAGCGCCAGACGGGCUCCGGCGGCCCGAGGUUCACCGGAGCCUACACCAGCCGCCGUCGUGCCGGCUGA